CAACCAUCUUCUGAAUCUUCUAUUGCGGUGUAUCCACUUAGGAUUUGUAGUGUGGGUUAAAAAGCAGGAAAACUAAACAUUUAAAUGUUCAGCUUGUUAUAAGUUGUCGUGUAAAACACAUUGCUGCGACAGUUACAAGAAUUAAGCAUGAGACACAAAUCUUGGACUUGUUUAGUAAAUAUUUCAUGGUUGCUGAUCAUCUUGACAAUUGGCAGUAACGAUGGUGCUAAAAGAGUCUCAACGACGUCCACCAGACCACCACCCAUUUCAGAUACUCUCUCGGAAACAAUGAGCAGUUCCUCCAGGCGAGAGCGGAUGCUGAUCGGAGCCUUUAACAUGAGAAAAUUUGGAUUGCCAAAGAUUGAGAAUGAGGCAGUAUUGGACACUAUCAUCAAGAUAGUAAAACGUUAUGACGUUAUCGCUUUGUCGGAAAUCACUGACAGAACCGAGCAAGCGGUUCAGAGACUCAUGGAAAAGAUUAACCUUGCCUCGUCGAAACGGCGUCCUUACCACUACAUCAUAUCUGAUCGUGUGGGGAGGACAAAUAAUAAGGAACAGUACGCCUUGGUUUUUAGGAGUGAUAUGAUUCGUGUUAAGGAGCAUUUUUUAUUUAAUGAUUCAAAGGCUGAUUCAUUUGCAAGGGAGCCACACAUAAUCCGAGUUAACUUUCAAGGAUAUGAUAAAGAUGUCGUUGUGAUCAACAUCCAUGUAAAGCCGACGGAUGCAGUAAUUGAAAUUGAUGCAUUAACCGAUGUCCAAAAUUGGGUUGAGAGAACGCUUAAAAUUAGGGAUGUCAUUAUGCUAGGAGACUUUAACGCUGAUUGCGGUUAUGUACCCAAAAAAGCAUGGAAGAAUAUUCGGCUUCGGAAUAUGGAACAAUUUAAUUGGCUCAUAGGAGACGAGGUUGACACUACAGUUGGUAAAACCAAUUGUGCUUAUGAUCGGAUCGUGGUAACCGGCCCUUACUUCAGCGACGGUCGAGUAAUACCUCACACAGCAAAAGCAUUCCAGUUCGACAACGUCUUUGACCUAAAUGAAACAAAUGCGCUGCAAGUGUCAGACCACUAUCCGGUCGAAAUUUCCAUUGCAAUUGGUCGUCCAAAAAUUCGGCUCGUUAUGCCAGACGUCGGCGUCCUGUCCAUUCGCAUCAACAAGGACAACAACACGUCCGAUGAGGAAGAGUACCUACUCCCAGACACGUCUCGAUCCACAAACUUGACUGGUUAUGGCGAGGACGAAAGUGGACGACGUGGAUUACGAGACCAAAACAACAGUUCAUUAAUUCUCGAAAGUGACAGCAAUAGUGAAAGUGCUGAGGAAGUCGGAAGUACAACCGAGUCGUCGUCUACUUCCCAAACUAAAAGUAGUCGAUGGACAAAAAUAGUCCCGGAGUGGGCACGGAAAAUGUUCAAAUCAUGGUUCUGAAUUAAUAUGUAUAGCUGUGCUUGCACCCAUUUAUUGACUUCAUAUUGUUCUUUUGCUCAAAUAAAUUGCAUUUAAUAUGACAAACUUUUUUCAAUUUUCCAAACGCAA